AUGCUUGCAAAUUUGCCGUUUUGCUACUUUUGUUUUUCUUUCUGGAUCGAAUUUUAGUGAAAAAAAUUCCCAAUUCAGAAGAAAGCUAUUCUGGUUUGGAUUCUUUAUAAUAUUGGGAAGUGAAGUUGUUUGUUUCUCUUCUUGGUUCUAUAUAUGCGAUUAACUUGAUCUGCUUUAUUCCAAGUAGGAGGCAAAAUUGCAGUUCACCCAGGCAAAAUCAGAAUCUAAAGAACAUGUCUUCAAAUCAAGUACUAAGACUAAGUCCAAUUCAACUCAAUUUCAGUCAGUACCACACCCUGGUCUCCUUAAAUCAGGAAGAUCAAGAUCAACGACAGGCUGCGUUAGAGUACGUUCUUAAUGUGAUUGUUUACUCCUCUGUUAUCCUGGUGUUGCUGAUGGUUGCGGCGUUGUUAAUUAAAUUACUUGGAGUUUGUGAUGGCGAAAUGGCAAGAAAUGAUGAUACUAUAAGAAGAGAAACAGACAGAUUGAUAUCGAAAGCAAGUGCUUCUUUGACAUACGGAACAUGUGAUGAAGAUGAUUUGGAAUCGGGAAAUUCCAGUCGUUCUAGUUCCUCAGAGGAUCUGUAUGAUGAAAAUAUAUGCAUAGUUUGCUAUGACAAUAAACGAAAUUGCUUCUUUAUUCCUUGUGGCCAUUGUGCUACUUGUCACUCAUGUGCUAAGAGGAUUACAGAAGAAGAAAACAAGAAUUGCCCAAUUUGUCGAAGAGUAAUUCGGAGAGUUAGAAGAGUGCUUCUUGCAUAAACUCAGUAUUUCCCUUAUGUAAAUGAUGCAAUUGACUCUUUCUAAUUCAACAAUGGUAAUAUUAGUAUAG